UGAUUCUUUGAACAGACGAUCUAAGUUUUGUAAAAUAUACUUAUUUAAUUAUAGGAGAAAUAAAGCAACCAAAACAAUAACAAGAUCAGAGGAUGCUCAUGGACAAGAAUAUGACGACGCGCCAUAAUACUAUCUACUCUUUGGUUGUCCACAAACUAACUCUCUACUGAAUGGUUUAUGUAGUCUCGUGGGGAUGGCUGCCAACACCAACAUUUUCACCGAAAAGCAGACCAAUAACUGGUUCAAAGCGUACAUUGCCCUCAAUUGGACAAAAGAAGGAUUGACUGACUUUGUUGUGACGGAAUUACUUAACGUCCAAAAAACAGUUGGAAGUAGUUGUGGGCAAUGCUUUAUUCAAAACCUUAUACCGUGCCCAACUCAGGACGUGUGUAAAAAGGGGAAACGAACUAACUGUUCCUUCCACAAUUCACUGCAAUACAAGUCAUGCCAAACAUGUGAUAAAGUGAAACAAAAUAUCAAAUCGUUACACAGAUUUAAUGGGCCUUCUUGGGCAAACACUAAAGCUGAAAGAUGGGCAAUAGAUCCGUGGGAAAUUGGCAAAUGCUACCUCCCACGGGAUGGAUAUAUCAGCGUAUCGUCUGUGCAGGCAUCUGACUUUAAUGGUGUGAUUAGCAUCAUGUUGAACUGCACUCAUUUCCAGACAUGCGUCUCCACCGCAUGUCUAUCACCGCCUCCUCCUGAUAAGCAAUGCCCGCUAGAAAAGGUCCGUCAAAUAGGCAGAGAUGUACGCCACACUGCCAACUGCAAGGUUACAGAUGCUGAUCUGCAGUACUUCUUCCUGAAACUGUCCACCUUACUGGCUGAUCCGGUCUGCUUAGUGCAUGAUCCCUCAGCAACAGAAGCGCGCAGGAAACUCAGUGAUUUGCAGAAUGAUCGUAUUUCACUUGUCGAUUUGGGCAAGCUGUUAAAAGAAGCCAAUCAGAUCCUCACACAGGCAAAAGAGGCUGGAGAACGUUUUUCUGAAGAGGCUGAAAGGACUCUGAAAGAAGGUCUGGAUGCUAUAGAGGCUAAAAUUCUGGCUGGAGAACAAAGCAUUGAAAACAAGACACAGGCUGGAGAACAAAGCAUUGAAAACAAGACACAAGAAAGUAUCAACCGCAUAAAGCAAGCAGCGAAUGAAAAAGAGCUAGACGAAUACGAUCGAGGCGUAGCAGGUUUGUCUUUAUAAUAAAUUGUGGUUAUAACCUAUUUGCACACUUGAAAAACAAUUAACUACCAAGCUGACAAAUCCUUUCAACUUAUAAAGAAACUGUAUGUGUUAUGUUGAUAACAACUGUACUUCUAAGACAAAUA